AUGUCACGGAUCUUGGAUCAGAGAAUUUUGCUGUUAGCAAUUUCAUUUUUAACAAGUCUGCAGAGUACAAAGGUACUUUCAGAAUGGAAGAAGUGUGGUGAUCGGGAAUGUGAGACGGCAAUGAGCAGAGUUCAAGCCACUACAGACUACUUAGGGCCUGACUGCCGGUAUCUUAACUUCAAAACAGGGGAAGAGAUAAUGGUAUACUCCAAACUUUCAAGGAAAAAUGAAAACUUGUGGACAGGAAGUAAAGGAAAGGAUUUUGGCUAUUUCCCAAAAGAUGCUGUGAAGGUUGAGGAAGUUCUUAUUGCAGAAGAAGUUGAAGUGCUCACUAAGGAAACUGAUUUCCUUUGUCUUCAUGGAGACAAGUAUGCUUUUGAAAAUGAAGAUAGUGCAUUAAAUGAUCACAACAAACAAAGCGAAUAUUCAUCAUCUGAUGCAGAAUCAAAGCUGCAUGAAAAUGAACUCUUAAAAUAUUCAAGAGACUCCAUGCAAAAGGAAGAAGGAGUUGAAUCAGUGUCUGAAAGUGAUUCCAAGGAAUCUCACACUCAGGAGGAGUCUACAAGCAAGACAUUGGUUAGAAAAAAUGAGAACAGAAAAGAUGAUACUGAAGAGCCACAAAUGCAAAACAGUCUCCCACUAGAACCCAUUCCAACUCAGUCUAGUUGGAUUGCAGGAUGGUUCACCACAGGAAGUAAGAACAGUGAAGAGCCCUUAAAAGCCACUACUGAAUCUUUAGAAGAAAAUACGUACCGAGGCAGAAAAAUAGUGGUAACUGCUGAAAAUGACUUACAGGAGCCAAAUGAUGAGGAACAAGAACCCCCGGUAUCUGUUUGGUUUCAAAGUGGACUGACAGACUUUCUGUAUUUCGGUGAAGAGAAUGUGGAUCUUGGUUUGGCAUCAGAAAAAAAUGAUCCACGAAUCCAUGAUGUUUCUGGUGUGCCUGGACAUUCCAAUAAUGAACAGGAAACAGCAAUCACAGAGUUAUUGACAGAAGAAGAAAAGAGUGAAAGCCAAGAACCCGAAUCAAAUUGGUUUAAUCUGGGUUUAAGCAAUGUUCUUAAUUUUGGCCAUACUGAGAAAGAUACAAUUGCUAUGGAAGACCAGCAAAACAGAGAAACAGAGGAUGAAGCAAAGAAGAAUGAAGAAGUGCAGACUUUAGACCAGAAAGAACCACACACGGACAAAGAAUCAAAGGAGACAGCUAAAGCAGUGACAGGUGAAGACGAAGAGAAUUAUGCACAAGAAAUAAUAGAUUCAAACAGUGACAUGCCAAAUUCUGGGGACAUACCAGCAAGUGUGCGUACCCUUAAUGACACCAAAAGCACCUCAAAUAGCACAGAAUCAUCAUUUGAUAUACUAACAGGUGACAAAGAGAAGCCAAUUGAACCUUACAGUUCAGAACAAGACUUGGCAUCAGAAAGCCAACUGCUGAAAAACAUUGAAGCUAAAAAGAGAAAUCAGGAGUCAGAAAGCAAACAUGGCCAGUCAGGUUGGUAUACAAAUAUCUAUAAUCACUUUAUUAAUUAUAAUAUGGACACAUAUGAUAAUCAACAGGGACAUGAAUCAAUUGUAUCAGAUCAGAUUUCUUCUCCUCCUAGCCCACUUCAGAAUUGUGAUCCCUCAGACAUAAAAAAUACAGAAGAAAAGCCUGACAUAGCUGAAGAACAGAGCCAUUUCUUCUCUUUUAGUAAUUUUGCAGACAUACUGAAGUUUCGGAGUUCAACAGCCAAAGAAGAGCAAGUGCAGCGUUUGCAAGAUGAUGCAUUUUUUAGUGAAGAAACCCCUCAAACUGAACAUGAUGAAAUAUUACAAGGAAAUAAUAACAGAGCAAUGAAAAGACAAGUAAAUCGGAGAGUUAGUGAGGAGCUGUCUGAAAAAGAUGAGGGUGCAAUCCAAGAAAGCAAGCUGUUUUCCUCACUAGCUGUGCAAAAUAAUGAACGCAGUAAUGAAAAAGCAAAACAUUUUGUCAAAUUAGUCAGCGAUAGUGAUGCUUCACAAAUUUUAUCUGUGGAAACACUAGUACAACCUGAAGUAUCUCAAAGACAAUAUGUACCCUUGUUUAGUUAUUCCAGUGCUGAAGAACGUGUUUCUAAGAGUAGUGAAAGUCAGGAAAACACCAACAUAAAAGGUUAUUAUAAUGACCCUGUCUCCAAAGAUUCUCUACAUUUACCUUCAAAAUUAAAUUUUGAAAAUACAGUGGAAACUGGAACUCAUCUGCAGGGAAAAUCAAAAAUGGAAACAGUUGAAACAGUGCAAAAAGAACAAAAUAACCUGAACAGUUGUAUUCAAGAAUCUGUAAAUUCAGAAAAUGAAUUACCAAAUUAUGGGGAAUUACAAGGAACUGCAGAUAAUCAUCUGGGCAUCAAGAAGACCCUGUGUGACAGUGAACCGAGUCUUACUCUGGAAACAUCUGAGAAAAGCAAACCAGUCGAAUGUUGGGAUACAGAACAAAAUUCAGCAUCGAAAAGCCACUUCCAAACAGAUGGUGAUGUAAAAGAGAAAAUUCACAAACCAGAGAAUAAAAAUGAUCCACUGGGUUUUUAUGAAAACAACAUCAAAGAUUUCAGUCAGGAUCUUUUUAAUGAUGAACAGGAUCAGAAAUCUGAGGGGUCCCAAGAAUUGACUCCAGACCAACCUUUCUCUUCUCACCCCUCAUCUAGUGGCUUCAGUUUAACAGGUACCAAAACUUCUGAAGAAAUUGGCCACUUGGAAGACAUAUGGAGUUUCAGAAUGGAAGGUAAAAACUGCUUGCUGAGAACAGAAGAACUAAGCUUCCAUAAUGAAAAAAAGCCUCAGUAUAAGCCUUGA